GACCAUGACAGACCUGCUUUGCUGUUUUUUGCUGUUUUUUAAGGAUGAUUUUCAUAUCCAGCAUAUUGUUUUUUAAGGAUGAUUUUGAUAUCCACCACAUUGUUUUUUAAGGAUGAUUUGUACAUCCGGCAUGUUGUUUUUUAAGGAUGAUUUGUACAUCCGGCAUGUUGUUUUUCCAAGAGCGUCUAUUUUUUUGACUAGAAAUGUGGAAUAUUUCUCCCUCUGGUGAUGUUUUUGCAGCUCCCCCACCACCCAAAAGAGCCCCCAGCACCACCUUGACGCUGCGCUCCAAGUCCAUGACUGCCGAACUGGAGGAACUGGCUUCCGUCCGGAGGAGGAGAGGAGAAAGGCUAGAUGAGAUGCUGGCGCCCCAGGAGCAUUUGACGUUACGUUCCCAGCCCACAGAGGCCGACUACAGAGCUGCUACUGUCAAACAGAGACCUACCGGCAGGAGAAUCACAUCAGCAGAGAUCAGUUCGCUGUUUGAGAGGCAGGGCAUGGCACUACAUGGUGGGCUCCACCCAGGGAUAGAGAGGGCUCAUAUGCAGCUGCCUAGAGGGAUGUCCAGGACCAAGUCAUUCGGUGCGACUGAGGAGGACCGACUGUCGGCUUUGGCUGGAGAACACCGUUUCCCCCGGAGCUCUUCCAUGACUGACAGCCUCCGAGACCACUCCCACUCCCAUUCGAUCCCGCCCCUCCCCAGACUGCCCCCCUCCUCCCCCUCCCUCUACUACCUGGACACUGGCCCUCCCCCUCCUUCUGCCCCCUCCUCCCCCUGCCAGGGGUCAAGGUCAUGA